AGUUACUAUUAUGAUCAGAUGGCGUUUACUGUGCAGCAGCGGCUGGUGAAUGCAAUUCAAGCAAACGGUUAAACAAAGCGGUUCGCAGUAAAUUUAUUGCCGGCGAGUGGUGCUGACAAAACCGCCACGGGAUCUUAUAACAACAGUUAUCUGUUAUAUCGGCGCGCCAAGUCCGGUCCGCUGGUUUCACUCGGAGCGCCCCGCUGCACCGACUCAAGCGCUCGGGAACGUCGCGAUCGGAGCCGCCAACAAGAUGAAUUUUCACGGCAGUGGUUGCGGUUUUCAGGAGGCGUGGUCCCCUUUCGGGAUGGCGUCAGGAGUCAUGAGGGAGGACCGCUGAGCGACGGAGCCCUGAGGAGCCCUGGUCUUCACCUCCUCCUCCCCCCCCGUUCCCUCACCCCCUCCCGAAGAAGCUGUGCUAAUGUACUAUGUACUCCCCCGACCAGGAAAACAUCCCCACAGCCUCCACCAAAGCAGCAGUGAAAUAUGGGGAGCUGAUUGUACUGGGGUACAAUGGCUCACUGCCCAACGGGGACCGUGGGAGGCGCAAGAGCCGCUUCGCGCUCUUCAGGAGGCCCAAGGCCAAUGGGGUGAAGCCCAGCACGGUGCACGUGGCCUGUACACCACAGGCGGCCAAGGCCAUAAGCAACAAGGACCAGCACAGCAUCUCCUUCACCUUGUCCCGCGCCCAGACCGUGGUGGUGGAAUACACGCACGACAGCGUCGUGGACAUGUUCCAGGUGGGCCGUUCCACAGAGAGUCCCAUCGACUUUGUGGUGAUGGACACAGUGCCUGGAAGUCCGGCCGGCGGGGGUGGCAGUGAGGGAGGUGACCUGCAGACUGUUCAGAGCACCAUCUCGCGCUUCGCCUGCCGCAUCAUGUGCCAGCGGAGCCCCCCCCACACUGCGCGCAUCUAUGCCGCUGGCUUCGACUCAUCAAAGAACAUCUUCCUGGGGGAGAAGGCUGCAAAGUGGAAGACGUCGGAUGGGCAGAUGGACGGCUUGACCACCAACGGCGUGCUGGUGAUGCACCCCCGCACGGGCUUCACCGAGGACUCCAAGCCGGGCGUGUGGCGCGAGAUCUCAGUCUGCGGCAACGUCUUCACGCUGCGCGAGACCCGCUCCGCCCAGCAGAGGGGCAAAAUGGUGGAGAACGAGACCCAGGAGCUGGUGGACGGCUCGCUGAUCGACCUGUGUGGUGCCACGCUGCUGUGGCGCACGGCGGAGGGGCUGUCGCGCACCCCCACGCUGAAGCACCUGGAGGCGCUGCGGCUGGAGAUCAACGCGGCGCGACCCCAGUGCCCCGUGGGCCUCAACACGCUGGCAUUCCCCAGCAUGCGGCGCAAGGACGUGGUGGACGAGAAGCAGCCUUGGGUCUACCUCCGCUGUGGCCACGUGCACGGCUACCACGACUGGGGCAACCGUGCCGAGCAGGCCCCCAGCGGGCAGCGGGAGUGCCCCAUGUGUCGUACCCGUGGCCCCUACGUGCCGCUCUGGCUGGGCUGCGAGGCCGGAUUCUACUUGGAUGCCGCCCCACCUACUCACGCCUUCAGCCCCUGCGGCCACGUGUGUUCAGAGAAGACGGCGACGUACUGGGGGCAGAUCCCGCUGCCGCACGGCACGCACACCUACCACGCAGCCUGCCCCUUCUGUGCCCAGCAGCUCAACGCCGAGCAGGCCUACAUCCGGCUCAUAUUUCAGGGCCCCCUCGACUAGGCCGCAGCCUCGCUGCUAGGCCGCAGCCUGGUCACCCUUAGCAACCGAUAUCCUUUUCCUUUCAACCUUUUGCUGAGAAUUUUGGACCUUUUGUCGUCCUUUUGUAAAGUGACAUUUAAGUGAUUCCAGUUCUGUACAAAUAAAGAAAACAGAUUUGCUAUAUUUUUGUGUGAAAGAGGGAAGACGGCCGGUUUACCCUCGCGUGGACUUUGUGUGAACGUUUUUUUAUUUUAGGAGCUGAAGAUUUUAUGUACUAAUGUACUUAGAUUUAAGGUUUAACACCCUUUCACUGAUGCAAUAUCGAUCGUACAACUUUUCAAAGCUCUUCUACGUGUUUUCGGGUCUGUUUUUGUUCUUUUCCACUUUUUCAAAGAAAAAUAACCUCAGACUAUUUAUGUUAAUAAACAGUAAUACUACCAGUCAAACUCAAACUAUAUUAGUUUAUUGGAAAGCAUUUAUAUUUGUAAUUGAGAUAUUCUUUGUUAAUGUUUUUAAAUACAGUAUGAAUGUCAGUGAGGGUUUCCUACAGUUUUUUAGCGACUACAGCUAAAUGGACUUUUGUUUUUUUUGAGCACUGGGGAUAUUAACGCGAAGACUGUGCAUUUCUCAAGGUGUUUGAUAUUAGCUGCACCGUUACAUCACCGGGGAAUGAUGUGAGGCCACACUGACAGGAAAUUUAGCAUCCUGGUGAAUAUUUUGGAAACCGUGUGAGUGUCUUGGUAAACGCUGGGCUUUGCGGUUUGUUUGUUUUUUGUGUCGCUUCCGUUUCUGUCAGUUUUUGAGGCUGAGUGAGUCUCUCCUCUAGGUUUUCUGUGUCCUUUUUGAUAUCCUAAGUGCAUCUUUCCUCCUCCUUUUCUUCAGACGCCUUGUCUCCUCCCUUCUAUAUCACAAGCAUCUGAUUUUUAACGGUCGCCAUGUCAUUCGGUUUGUAGCAGCAGGACCGGGGGUGGGGCCUGGGACAGGGUGUCCGUUCCUGUAACUUGGGCUCGUGUUCACAGCAAAUCCUGAGCUGUUUGUUUUUUUCUGCUUCUGAACACGGGCCCAGACACACGACCUGUAUGGCUGUUUGACUGGUGCUUUGUGUGAAAUUUGACUCAUGCUAACACCCACCAGGAGCGUGUCGCUCUUCUGCAGCCAUCGAUGCAAUAGUGUCUCAGAUAUAUCUAUAAUGCACAGUGGCUACUUUAUUAGGCACGCCUAACUACUGCUGGGUAGGACCCACUUCGCUUCCAGGACCAGUCUAAGGGUAGGUGAGUUCGGCGAGCCCUUUAUGCACACCACGGUUUAAUGGUGCUGUUAUCGCAACUGUGGCCUUCCUGUUAACUUCUGACCGUUCUCUCCUGACAUCUCAUUGACAAGAUGUUCUCUGCAACAGAACCGCCACUGGCUGUUUUUAGUUUAUCACAUAAUUUUUCUGUGAACUGUGGUUACUGUAGUGUGUGAAAAUGUAUUUGAGAGUCUGCCACCAAUAAUUGCACCACAUUCAAAAUAGAUCAGGUGUCUAAUGCUUAGGCACGUGAUAGGUGAACCUCCCAACACUGUGGAGCAGCCGCAUGAUUGGCUACUGUGGAGCAGCCGCAUGAUUGGCUGUUUGCGUUAGCGAGCACGUGUACCUAAUGAAGUGGCCAUUGAUCGCACACACACAUGCACACGCGUUUCAAGUGUUUUGAAUUUACCUUUGGAAGCAUACUUUUUCGUUUUGGGUGCUCGAAACCUGCUGUGUUUGGAAUCAUAAAUGUCACAGAAAUGCAGUAAUCUGUUGAAUAGGUUACAUAGUAUAUGGGAAAUUAACUGACUUUGAACUCUGACUGGGCAGGAUGAGGAUUAUUUUAUGUACACAGCACGUGUAUGUGUGUGUUCAUGUCUAUUAAGCCAUGAGGAAUUUGAUAUUGGGGGGGCUACAUCUGUACCUAAGGAAAUCGGGUAACAAAGGAUAUCAUUGGAACAUCCCUGCCAAUAUAUCUCAUGUGAAUUGGGUGCGUUUGGGGUUAUCAGUUUAAAAAGUCCAUGCAAGGUGCCCACAGAUGUCUGUGCGAAUGUGAGUUUGUAUCUGCGUGUGUGAUUGUACAUGAUGGGUGCUGUCAUCGGUGAAAGGCACUGUAGCACUAUUCACCUCAGGGAGCGAGCUGUGACUGCUCACAUGCAUUCACAGCUGCCAUUAGUGUGCAUGCGUGAGCUGCAUGUCACGUCAUGCGCCGUCGCUAAAUGUCACGGACUGUAACGGCCUCUCUGCAGGGAUGUCCUGUAAGAAAGGGCCCGAUCAUUGGUGCACCCCCCUCCCCCCCAAACACUGCAAGUGGUCGUACUCCCAUGGUCUGUCAUCGACGUGUUUCAUCACCUGUCCUGGAAUCUCCCCCCCCCUGCUAUAAGGGAAUCGAUAACGGAAUUGUUUGGCCAGAAUUUGUUUUUUUUUGUACCUAGAUACUCACAAUAAAGUGGAAAUAAACAUUUCACUCUGA